CUGACACGCGUUAAGAAAGUCAAGCCACCCACUUGCCCCUUCUAUUCCUCUUUCCUUCUGUUCAUACUUCAUAUAAUGCCCUUCAGUUUCAAACUAGUUAAAUCAUUUAUUUUUUUGUUAUAAAUAUAUUCACACACUCGUCUCUCUCUGUUCAUUUAAAUCUCUUCAUUUCUUGAUAACAUUGGUGAAGUACGUAGUAGAUUUUCUUAAGCUUGUAUAUAGCUGCUUCGUUUCUGCUGUAUAUAUUCUGGCAAGCUUUGAUACAUAGCUGGGCAGAGGGAGUGAAGCUCCAAACAUGGCAGGAGGCAGCGCAGGAAGAUCUUUGGAACAAACACCAACAUGGGCUGUUGCCGUAGUUUGCUUUGUUCUGGUUUCCGUUUCAAUAAUCAUUGAGUUCAUCAUUCAUCUUAUUGCAAAGUGGUUAACGAAGAAACGCAAGAAAGCACUUUAUGAAGCACUCGAAAAGAUAAAAUCAGAACUUAUGCUACUAGGAUUUAUAUCAUUGCUGCUAACAGUAGGACAGAGUCCAAUAUCAAAUAUAUGUAUAUCUAAGAAAGCUGGGGCUACUUGGCAUCCAUGCAAUAAGAAGGAAGAGGCAAAACUCAACGGUGAAAACAUAAAAGAAACAGAUUAUGAAAACCGCAGGAAACUUCUUUCCAUGUCGGAUUCUGCCGGUGAAAGUCUCCGGCGUGUCUUGGCGGCUGGCGAAUCAACUGACAAAUGCGCUGCCAAGGGUAAAGUUCCAUUUGUGUCUUCAGAUGGGAUUCAUCAACUCCAUAUUUUCAUCUUCGUUUUAGCAAUCUUUCACAUCCUCUACUGUAUUCUGACCAUGGCUUUGGGCAGAGCCAAGAUGAAAAGUUGGAAACGAUGGGAAAAGGAAACAAGAACAGCUGAAUACCAGUUCUCACACGAUCCAGAAAGGUUCAGGUUUGCAAGAGAAACAUCAUUUGGAAGAAGGCACUUGAGCUUCUGGACCAAGACACCCGUCCUAAUUUGGAUAGUCUGUUUCUUUAGGCAAUUUGUGAGGUCGGUUCCUAAAGUUGAUUACUUGACUCUGAGACAUGGCUUUAUCAUGGCACAUUUGGCUCCCCAAAGCCAUACGAAAUUCGAUUUCCAAAAGUACAUUAAUAGAUCACUGGAAGAGGAUUUCAAGGUUGUUGUGGGCAUAAGUCCACCAAUAUGGUUCUUUGCCGUGGUUUUCCUGCUCUUCAACACUCAUGGCUGGUAUUCUUAUCUAUGGCUUCCAUUUAUCCCAUUGAUUAUCAUAAUACUGGUGGGGACUAAGCUACAGGUGAUCAUAACCAAAAUGGGGCUUAGAAUACAAGAGAGGGGAGAGGUUGUGAAGGGAGUGCCGGUGGUCCAGCCAGGCGACGACCUCUUCUGGUUCAACCGCCCACGCCUCAUUCUCUAUCUCAUCAACUUUGUUCUCUUUCAGAAUGCCUUCCAGCUCGCGUUCUUUGCGUGGUCUUGGUAUGAAUUUGGUAUAAAAUCUUGUUUCCAUGAGCACGUGGAGGACAUAGUCAUUAGAGUUUCAAUGGGGGUCCUCAUAGAAAUACUAUGCAGCUAUGUCACUCUCCCUCUCUACGCCCUUGUAACACAGAUGGGCUCGUCGAUGAAACCAACCAUAUUCAAUGAAAGAGUAGCAACAGCACUGCGGAAUUGGCACCACACAGCUAAGAAGCAAAUCAAACGAAACAAGGGGUCUGUGAGUGUGACUCCUAUGUCUAGCAGACCAACCACACCGUCUCGCCAUACGUCUCCCAUUCACCUCUUGCGCCACUAUCGCGGUGAAAUGGACAGUCUCCAUGCUUCUCCAGGAAGAUCCAACUUUGAUGUUGAGCAUUGGGAGACAGAGUCUCCCUCGCCCUCUCACCACCCCAAUUACGCCGGCGAGGGCUCAUCGUCACACCACCACCAGCAACAACUUGAAUUAGCUUCAGUAGCUGGUUACGUAGAAGAUGACAAGGAUAUUCAUGACAUGGAAACAGGUUUGAAUCGCGAUCAAGUGGCCGCAACAGAACUUCCACAACCACCUACAACCCACCACGAGAUUGAUAUUGUGAAAAAGGAAUUUUCAUUUGAUAGAAGAACAAGUAUAUAGUUACUCGUUUGGGACAUUUAUAUAGAUGAAGAAGACACUGCAAGCUGGAACAUGCAUGCUUUCAUUUCAUCGAGAUUGGAAAUGCGAGAGAUGCAUGCAUGCACGUACCCGUUGCUAAUUAUUUAUUCCAUUUAAGGCAGAAAUGUGCGUGCAAGUAUAUACAACGAUCCAUCGAAUUUCUUGUUAUUUGUUGGAUUUGUUACAUUAUGUAAAUUGAUGCACGACAGCAUUGAUAAUAAAAUCAAAUAAAAUUAGGAUGUAUUUAUUAUUUA